ACCAGGAGGGCAUAAGGACGAUAAGAAAGAAAGCAUGUCGAAGAGCUGGAUACAACAAGGCUACACCAAGUUAUCUAAUAUUCUAGGCAAAACUAUUCCAAAGAAGCAAACCUUUACCUUUCCCGUCCUAGAGGGCCACCCUGCGGCCCAACAACAUGCAGAAGUGGCAGCCCAGGCCCACGAUUCCGUCCAAAGAAAAACAAGUGAUCUUAUCAAAGAGUUCAAAAUAUAUCGAUGGAAUCCAGACCUUCCCAACAACAAGCCCCACCUUCACUCCUACUUUGUUGACCUCUCAAACUGUGGUCCUAUGGUUUUGGACGCCUUACAAAAGAUAAAAGCAGAGGUAGAUUCGAGCUUGAGUUAUAGGAGGUCUUGUAGGGAAGGAAUAUGUGGGUCGUGCUCGAUGAAUAUCGAUGGGACCAACACUGUGGCUUGUCUGAGGCCCAUUGAUACAAACACUUCUAAGCCCACUGUUAUCACUCCUCUCCCUCACAUGUUCGUCAUUAAAGAUUUAGUUGUUGAUCUCACUAGUUUUUACCACCAGUACAGGAUGAUAGAGCCAUGGCUAAAGACAAGAAGAGCACCAAAGAAUGGUGGAGAAUACUUGCAGUCACCAAGGGAGAGGAAAAAACUAGAUGGGUUGUAUGAGUGUAUACUGUGCGCUUGCUGUAGCACAUCAUGUCCUUCCUACUGGUGGAACCCUGAGCAGUUCAUUGGACCGGCUGCACUUCUUCAAGCUUACAGAUGGAUAAGCGAUAGCCGAGACGAGUUCUCCAAUGAGAGACUUCAGGCAUUGACAGAGGACCAUACAAAGCUAUACAGAUGCAGAAGCAUUAAGAAUUGCACAGCAGCGUGUCCCAAAAGCCUCGACCCAGCCGGUGCUAUUAGGAAGAUGAAGACCAAGCAUUUGCUUUCUCACCCAGUACAGUUGACGGAACACCCAAAAGGACAAGGGCUGUAAAGCCUAUCUAUCCUAUAUGUAUAAAUAUAAAUUAAUACAUAGUCAAGCUUGCUAUAUACGUUUUCCGUUUUGUAUUGCGUACUUUGAUUAAAAUUUAAUGUACGCACUAAUAAGUUAAAUGGGUUU